AUGAAGACGGGAGAAAAAGGGAAACCGUCAAAGAGUAAAGGGAUUUUAUCGUUCUUUCAAAACGUCUCUUCAAGUACUAAGUUGAAGACCAAUAAGGUGAAAAGUGCACACUGUGCAGAGAGAUGUACACCGGAAUAUAAUGUCGUUGACUUGGAGGAAAACAGUGACGAUUCCCUCAGGGAGAUUAAGAGAACAGAUACAGCGGAGGAAGUGAAGAAAGAGCCUGUGGAAGAAUUGAGUUCACGCGCCAUUGAAGUGGGAAAUGUUGAUGUCAAAGAUGGCGAGGGUGUUGACGAAACAGGUACUCAGGAAAAUGUGGCUGAUGAGAAGCCCGUGGACGAAACAAAGAGAAUGAAGGCAUUGGAGAAAGAGAAUGAUAAAAGGAAACGCGAGGAAGCUAAAAAACUGAAAGCAGAGGAGAAAUUGAGAAUUAAGCGGGAAGCAGAGGAGCAACAGCUCAAAAUUAAGAGAGAGAAGGAGGCAGAAAGAAUUAGGUUGAAGCAACAGAGGGAGGAAGAAAAGUUAAAGUUAAAACAACAAAAGGAGGAGGAAAGACUGAAGUUGAAGAAACAGAGAGAGGAGGAAAAGCUCAAGCUCAAACAGCAAAAGGAGGAAGAGAAACAGAAGAGAGAGGCUGAAAAACAAAGAAAGGAAGAGCAAAGAAAGGAGAAAGAACUGGCUAGGGAAAGGGCUCAGUCUAGAAUUGGUAGCUUUUUCGAGAAAGUACGAGACUCUUCUUCGGCCAAACACGAAAAAUCCGAUUACGAGAAAUAUUUCCUCCCAUUUUUCGCUAGGUACCAUGUAAGAAUGCCCACAUGCGCUGCGAUAUCGACCCUGAACGCACACGAACUGGAUAGCCUUUUAUCUCCUAAAAUUGAUCAGAAUGAUGACCACCAACUCAUGGAAUGGUUGGAAUCAAAGCGUACAAAAAGAGGUCACCCGAUCAAAUACAAAGCUGUCUCCUUACUUCAACAAAUGACCUCCAAGGAAAAAACUGACGAGGAACUACAACAGCUGUUGAACUUAAUCCCUCAGAAAUUCAUCAAGUUCUACGAGAAUGUUCGCCCGCCAUUCGUCGGGACUUACUCAAAGGACGUGGUUUUACCUGUGAACAACCCAUGCAGUAAAGAGAAUACAGGUUAUAACUACGAUUAUGAUACUGACUUGGAAUGGGUUAAUGAAGAGGCGGAAGACGGCGACUCAGCAGAUGUGGAGAAUUUGGAAAGUGGAGAAGACGAUGAUGACGAAGACGAGGAAGACGAUGAUGAAAGUGAAAACGAGUUCGAUGGGUUUUUGGAUCAAGAGGAUACGUCUGGCCAGAGUUCGAAAAAGAAGUUUAUUGGGCCGCUGAUACCAACGAUUCAUUUGCUUUCGCAAAGAGAUGAACUACAUGAGGAAGCGGAUCGGGGCUAUUUUGAUGAUGUCGCGGUCCAAUAUCUCAUAGCAACCAUGCCAUUUCCUAUAAACCCAUUGCAGAGCGUCAGUCGAGCUGCCAAUGGUUGCACCAAGAGGGCGUUGGAGGAAGGUGACGGUCUGCCACUUGGAGAGGCAAGUAACCUCGCAGAAGCAAAGAAACCAAAAAGCUUGAUAACUACACAAGCGGACCUCCUUAUGCUGUUCAAUGAAGUCAAUGAGAGCACUUUUUCAUUGAGUACAGUCACGGAAAUUGCCCAGAAACGUUUGUCUAGCUACAGCAAGCAGACGAUAAAAAACACGGUGAAGGAGUACGCCAUCCGAUCUAGCGGUAAAAGCGACGGAGACAGGAAAUGGCAAAUCAAAGAUAUCGCUCAUUGGGAACAAUUAAAGCAAGUAAAUGGAGCUUAG